CAGGUCUGCGGCUGAAAACCAACGAAGAAGAAAAAGGCUUACAAUUGCGUGACGUCACCGACGACCCUCACAUCUUUGUCAGUGAACAAAAUGGCAACCUACUGUCUGACUGUCGCCCGGCUUCAGCUGGCACUGGGCCAUGGUGCACGGCGCCUGCAUGUGUCAGCAGCUUACAGAGCCAAGGCCAAUGUGGCUAUGAGCCGCUUUGAGCCCAGUUCCUUCAUCAACUACGAGAAGCUCCAGUCCAACGUUGACAUUGUGAGAAAAAGACUUAACCGGCCUCUAACCCUGUCAGAGAAGAUCGUGUACGGCCAUCUCGAUGACCCCCACAACCAGGAUAUUGAUCGCGGUCGCACCUACCUCCGGCUGCGUCCCGACCGUGUGGCCAUGCAGGACGCUACUGCCCAGAUGGCAAUGCUCCAGUUCAUCAGCAGCGGCCUGCCGAGGGUGGCUGUGCCCUCCACCAUCCACUGUGAUCACUUGAUUGAGGCCCAGAUUGGAGGGGUGAAGGAUCUGGCCAGAGCAAAGGAAGUCAAUCAAGAGGUCUACAACUUCCUGUCCAGUGCUGGGGCCAAAUAUGGAGUUGGCUUCUGGAAACCUGGGUCUGGAAUCAUCCACCAGAUCAUCCUAGAGAACUACGCCUACCCAGGAGUGAUGCUUAUUGGCACAGAUUCCCACACACCAAAUGGUGGUGGACUUGGUUCCAUCUGCAUUGGAGUUGGAGGAGCUGAUGCUGUAGAUGUCAUGGCAGGAAUCCCCUGGGAACUCAAGUGUCCUAAGGUGAUUGGUGUGAAGCUGACAGGCACACUCUCAGGCUGGACCUCUCCUAAAGAUGUCAUCUUGAAGGUGGCUGGCAUCCUCACAGUAAAGGGAGGCACUGGAGCCAUCGUGGAGUAUCACGGACCAGGAGUCGACUCCAUUUCCUGCACUGGAAUGGCCACCAUUUGCAACAUGGGAGCCGAGAUUGGAGCCACAACCUCUGUGUUCCCUUACAACCACCGCAUGAGGACCUACCUGGAGAAGACUGGACGUGGACAGAUUGCUGCUCUGGCUGAUGAAUACUCAGACUUGCUGGUACCUGAUGAAGGCUGCGAGUAUGACCAGCUCAUCGAACUCAAUCUGGAUGAGCUGAAGCCCCACAUUAAUGGACCGUUCACCCCUGACUUGGCUCAUCCGGUGUCCAAUGUUGGCGCUGUGGCUGAACAGAACGGUUGGCCACUGGAGGUCAAAGUUGGUCUGAUCGGCAGCUGCACCAACUCCAGCUACGAGGACAUGGGCCGUGCUGCUUCUGUUGCCAAGCAGGCUUUGGACAAAGGCCUGAAGUGCAAAGCUCAGUUCACAGUCACCCCCGGCUCAGAGCAGAUUCGUGCCACUAUCGAAAGAGACGGAUAUUCAAAGAUCCUUGGAGAUGUUGGAGGUGUUGUCCUGGCUAACGCAUGCGGACCCUGCAUUGGACAGUGGGACAGGCGUGACGUGAAAAAGGGAGAGAAGAACACCAUCGUAACUUCCUUCAACAGAAACUUCACUGCCAGAAAUGACGCCAACCCUGCUACACAUGCCUUCGUUACCUCACCAGAGAUUGUCACUGCCCUCGCCAUCGCUGGCACCUUAAAUUUCAACCCAGAGACAGAUUUUCUUACAGCCCCCAAUGGUGAGAAGUUUAAGCUGGACCCGCCCAACGGAGAUGAGCUGCCUGCCAAAGACUUUGACCCAGGCCAGGACACCUACCAGCACCCACCUGCUGACGGCAGCGGCAUGAAGGUGGACGUCAGCCCUCAGAGCAACCGUCUACAGCUGCUGGAGCCCUUUGACAAAUGGGGUGGAAAGGAUCUGGAGAACUUGCGGGUCCUCAUCAAGGUGAAGGGAAAAUGCACCACUGACCACAUCAGCGCUGCAGGACCUUGGCUGAAGUUCCGUGGCCACCUGGAUAACAUCUCCAACAACAUGCUGAUCGGUGCAGUCAACAGCGAGAACGACGCCGUCAACAAGAUCAAGAACCACCUGACAGGAGAGUACGGAGGAGUCCCUGAUGUGGCCCGUCACUACAAGGCCAACAGUGUUUCAUGGGUCGUGGUUGGAGAUGACAACUACGGUGAGGGUUCCAGCAGAGAGCAUGCAGCGCUGGAGCCCAGACAUCUGGGAGGCAGAGCUAUAAUUGUGAAGAGCUUCGCCAGAAUCCACGAAACCAACCUGAAGAAGCAGGGUCUGCUGCCGCUGACCUUCAGCAACCCAUCAGACUACGAGAAGAUCCGCCCGGAUGACAAGAUCUCCAUCAGAGGACUAGAAACCUUCACUCCAGGAAAACCUCUGAGUGCAGUUGUAAAGCACAGCGAUGGCAGCGAGGAGACCCUGGAACUCAACCACAGCUUCAAUGAGACACAGAUCGAAUGGUUCAAGGCGGGUUCUGCCCUCAACAGGAUGAAAGAGCUGCAGCAUUGAGGAUGAAGAGAGAAAAUAUGGAGGAGGAUUUCCAGUGGGAGGAUUGUAGGGAAGAAGGAGGCUGAACAUUGUUAACGAUUGUUUCAUCAUCUGCAUUAGCUUACAGUUCUGACUGAAGUAAUGUUACUGUAGAGCAAAGUAGAGUUACUUGUAAGUGUUAUGAUAAUGUCGAUGAUGGAACAAUAGCUGAUCUGCGGUCAGAUAUUUGUUCAUUCGUCAGUGCAUAGCGUUUCUUGAAGUUUAUGUCAGCUGCUAUGUUUCAGUUGAUAACCGGUUACAGAUUCUGUUGUAAAAACAAACAUACACUUUAACACACAGAGCUUUGACCUGAGCGGUGGUACGCUGCCAGCUGAUGUGCUUCCUGUGUUUUUGCAGCUGUUCAAACAGGCCUGGAGGUCGUUUGACGCUGCAGCUUGUUACUUUGGGAUUGUUUUGACCACUGCAUGGCAAUAAUGAGCUUUACUCAGUCACUAUCAUUCAGCUUGCCUCUGUGUUAUUUCAAACGCACCCUAAACAAAUGGUUGUAGGUAAAUGCUGCCAUUUGUUGCGUCUCUGGGUCCAUUUAGUCUGUUUUGUGACGUUGCAAGGAUCAAAUGGAUCCGAAAAAAUACUCAUAGGUACAGAUUUAUUCACUUGCAUAUUGAAGGUGAGCUUGUCUGUCCCCGGUGGCUACGAGGAAGCACUGUUCAAGGCAUCGCAGCUUAAUGGUCAAGACAAAGCAACAACAAUCUGACAUCUGUUUUCUAUUGGUUGUUAAAAGAUGUUCUUAGAAGCUAAAUUCAGUUAACUUGUAGGAUGAAUUUAGCAUCACAGAUUACUGUGUAUCUAAGAGUGUGAGACCAUUAGAGGGUAUUUCUCUAUUGAUGUCCUAUAUAGCAGUAUAUUUGAUUCCUUACUGCACACAUCCUCAGUGUUACACAUGGUUGUAGACAUUUCCUGCCAUACAAAGGGAAAAAAUAUGCUUUAAUACUCUGUAAAAUUACUUUAACUCACCCUCUUCUUCCCCCCUAUCACUCCCCACACCUCUCACCUGCUCUCCUGAUCAAUCCAAACAUCUGAACAUGGUCAAGCACAUCCUACGUCUUCUUGACACUUAUUUAUUUUCAUUUUUUUUCCUGCAAAAUCCAGAUCUUGCAUGCGUUUCCAUAAAUAUAAGGCUUUUUGUCUUCAUGGACAGGGUAAACUUGGACUUCUGUCCUCUUCCAUCCUGUAUUUUCAGUGCCCUUUUUUGUAGGGUUUCGUGCCACAUUUUGUGUUAUUUUUACCCCAACAACAAUAAAACCGUUGUGGGGGGAAAAGAGAGAGUAGCAGCAGGUUUUAUAACAGAGGAGAGAAAUUGCUGUUAUUCAGUACUGAGGCUUUUCAUAAGAAACCUAAAAUUACUGAGUCAACUGGAUUUGGGCCUCUGUCAAUAUAAUUAACUGAAGUUCGCUCCACAGUCUAAGUGAGCGGAGUCACUGUCAGAUCAGAAACAGCUCUUCGCUUCCUGCUUCCUGCAAACUUAAUGCACCAAUCAGAUGAAGGCUUAAACCACCCCCUUCUUCUAAACCACUGUAUGUAAAGUGUCUGGUUUCAUGUGCAUUUAAGUGUUUGUGUUUUUUUUCUCCAGAUUAUCUUUUCUGUAUUACAGAAAUACCAAUGGGUUGUAAAAAUAAAAAAUCACAGAUCUCAUUUAUCUA